GUUCAGUGCGAGUUUGCUAACUGAGCGCUCAGUAAAGCUUAGUCCACUGUCGGUUGGUUUGUAGCCUUCGGUUCCUGGACAGUUCCAUCCAGCGGCAACGCCAGUUAACUACAGCGGUUACCGACUCCAAACCAACCAUGGCGACGGAUAAGCCGGUUGCUUUCCGGGACUUCGUGACUGCCGAUGGCCGCUUCAAGCCGGAAGCCGGCCGCUACCACCUGUAUGUGUGUCUGGGUUGCCCCUUCGCGUGCCGCUGCCUGGCAGUGCUCUACAUGAAGGGUCUGGAGCACGUGAUCGGCGUGUCGGUGACUCACCCCACCUUCCAGCGCACCCGCCCCGACGACCACGAGGACACGCACUGCGGCUGGGUGUUUGCCAAGCCCACGGACCCGCCGCUGACCGCCACCAACGGCAAGGGCGCCUUCCCCUGCACCGGCUGUGUGCCCGACACGGUCAACGGCGUGCGGUUCGUACGUGACCUGUACGAGAUGGCGGGAGCCAAGAAGGUGACGUUCUCGGUGCCUGUGCUGUGGGACAAGAAGGAGAAGACCAUCGUGAACAAUGAGAGUCCGGAGAUCAUGCGCAUGCUCAACUCGGCCUUCAACGCCCUGGCCAAGCACCCGGAGGUGGACCUGUACCCGGAGGCGCUGCAGUCCACCAUCGACGACACCGCCGCCUGGGUGGGCCCCCACAUUAACAUGGCCGUGUACCGCUGCGGCUUCGCACCCGACCAGGCCGCCUACGACGCCGGGUUCAAGGACCUGUUUGCCGGCCUGGACCGGGCUGAGUCCGUGCUGGGCGGGCGGCGCUACCUGACCGGCGACACUCUGACCGAGGUGGACAUCAAGCUGUUCAUGACGCUCAUCCGCUUCGACGAGGCCUACUUCGUGUGCUACAAGACCAACAAGAAGCUGAUCCGUGACUAUCCCAACCUGUGCAACUACGUGCGCGACCUGUACCACGUGCCCGGCAUCGGCCGCACCGUUGACCUGUACCACAUCAAGGCCGCCUACUUCACAUGCAAGCCCGACAUGAACCCCAACGUGAUCAUCCCGGGCGGCGGCGACGCCUGGUGGGCACAGCCGCACGACCGCGCUGACAAGUUCGGGGGCAAGCGCGAGGGCGGCGGGCUGGCGGGCUGGCUGCAGAAGCUGCCCGUGUGGGCGCCGCACGCCGCCGCCUCUGCCGCCGCGGCGCUGGUGGCGGGCGCGGCGCUAGGGAGCAGCCGGCGGCGCUGAGCGGGCGCUGUGUAUGUGGAGGUGUGGUUGCAUGUUUGGAUGUCAUUUGUGUGAAGUGCACCAGUGAUGCAUUUUGUGCAUGCAUGCAAGGCGGAUGUGCAUGUGUACACUUCACGGAUUGCGCGGGUUCUUUCAGGGAAUGGCCGAAGCGGGGGUUGUCCCGACAUGGCUGCAGCCUUCGGGUGCGGCUGUUUGCGCAAUGGCGGUUUGUCGGCCGGCGCGUACAUCUGAACAUCAAAACGGAACUCAAGGUCUAGGUUGCGGUAGCGGAUGAAAAAGGCGUGGGCCGUUUAGUUGCAAAGCGGUUCAGGCGAACAGGCGAUUGGGGUGGCAGCUGUGGGUGGCAGUCCGGGACAGCCCGACGGUUAUGGUUCGGCACCAUGGCCUCGACUGAUUCCAAGCGCGUCAGAAGGGCUGUGAAUCCUGUCAUGUUGUAACUCGCUUGACAU